CGUCACUCUCUUCCGCGAGUCUCUCUCCUCGCUAUCGCGCCAGCGCCAUUUUGGUGCCCCGGAACGUGUGACCUCUCUUUCUCUCUCUCUCUCUCUCUCUCUCACUGCGAGCAAUCGGGCGAGCGAGCGAGCGGAAUUCCGCCGGAGCGGAAUGCAAAGCUGCGGUUCGGAAGCUGCGGCCGCUGCACCUGCCUCGUGGAAAUCCGCGGUCGAGUCGCCGGAACGUCGUCGUCCGGUGGGAUUGCCGGAAGCGAGUUGACUCCCGGGGGAGGAUGCGACGAGGAGGGCGGUUCCGCGAGGCGCAGCUGUGAGGAAAGUGCUCUGACGCGCUCGAUCCGGUUGACAGUCGGUUAAUUCGAGGUCCUCGGAGUUCGCUCGUUCGAUCGACGCGUUAACACGUCACGCUCGUAAACCCUCCGAGGUCCACCGGCGGUUUGCCGACCUCGGAUCGACGUCUCUCCGAGUUCUCCUCGGUCUUCCCGGCCAGCCACCGGCGUGAAUGUCGCGUCGGAUCAACCGUGUCGAAGCGCCGGACGAUCUGACGCGGUGACAAUUUUCCCGUCGAAUUUUCACAUCGAAUCUCCAGUCCUCGCGGACUUUCGGAUCUUCCCGCCAGUUGUGUCACGUUCAAAGUUUGAAUUUCCGCGGCGACCCUCUUCUCGAUUCCUCCGGAAAUCCCCGCGUAAAUCUCCGUGAAUCUUCGUAGCCGACUUGGAAAAAAUUACGUCGAAAUCGUAAUCUCGCCUUAUCGGGACACUCAUUGAACUCGAGCGUAUCUAGUGCGAGCUCGAAGGAGCGGGGAGACUAAGAAAUGGCAGACUGAUCUCGAUCGAUCGAACGUGCGAUUCGACUGGCCGAAGAAAUCAGCCUCCUCGCGUCGCGACGCCUGCGAAGGAGCCAUAGUAGUAGUCGUCGUCACAUGCUGUUAUCUUCGUCGUCCACGGUUUUCAGUGGACCAUGUUGGAAUUCUCCGUGCAGCAUGCUGAAGUUGCACUUUCCACAGCCACCGAGGAUGUGGGAGAUGGGCAUCAAGGGCACGAAAACGACACCGAUCCAUAUUCGUUGUCACAUCUCGAUCCGCCCACCGACAGUGUUUACAUGAUAUGUGGGGUGCUGAUCGCUAUGGUCCUGGUGGGCGUCAUCAUCGUCCUGCUGGCCGUAACGAUCAGCAAGCUGCGGAAGCGCGAGGAGCACCACUCGAGCGCGGGCGCGGUGCACCCCGAGGCGGCGGUGGUGCAGACUGCGACGUCGCCGCCGGCGACGAUCGGCCACCCCGACGGCUGCUGCACGCAGAUCUCCACGACCACCACCGUGUCGACCGAGCUCGGCAACAACACCUGCGACGAGCACCACGUCUACGCCAUAGCGACGACGGCCACGAUGACGACGCCGUCCGCUAAUCCGGUCGAGCCGUUCGCGUGGCAGUUCCCGCCCCCGUACCCGCCACCCCACAUGCCUCCGGCGCAGUACGCGUUGUACAACGACCAGGAUAACCUUGUACACGGUUUACCGCCGGACCGGUCUGGAUUCGCGAAGGGUUUCCGCAAGAACAUCGGCGGGCGCUGGCGUCGGCUGGUGAAGCGGAAACCGGAGUCGGAGACCUGCGCCAUUCCCCCCGAGCUGAAGGACCAGCUGAAGACCAUCUACGUGUACUGACGGCCGCGGGCCUUAUCUGAGUGCACCCAGUCCGGACAAGGGAAGUCAGACAGACGCGGAUGGAAAGUGCAAGAGGGUUCGGUGCGGAGUAUGAAGAGGGCUUGACAUCGCAUGAUGAUCACGGAUGGAUUCAGCUUCGUUGAGUUCGACGAAACGAUGAAUAAGGAUUCGAGGAGGGAGGAGGAGGGGCCUUGGAGGAAGGUGGCGCGUCUGGUCCGGUGACAUAUCAGGAAGUGCCUGAAGAGGAUGCAACCCAAGUGCCUUCUUUUAUUCCACGAGAGCGCCUUUCUUUUAUGAGACUGAUAACGCGAGAGAAAUCGCGACACAUAUAUGGGUGCGACAAAGCGAGUUACCUCGUAGCUUCUGCGUGCGCGUAGACCUUUCUGCGCGCGAGAUUAGUAUAGGCGAGAGCGAGAGAGAGAGAGAGAGAACCGCCGUACUUCGCGGCUAACCGAUUAUUAGUAUUAGCGCGAUCGGCUGGACUGCGUGUUAGGUGCGAGCAGCGCGCGAUUGAACGAUCACGUUCGACUUGCCGGGGACCUCCCGCGGGAAGGAAGAAGGAAAGGAAAAGGAAAGCUGCCUGAAGUUCUCUAGGGCUUGUGUUCUAUACAUAGAACGACUCCUCGAACGUCCCCGGGAUAUUAACGACCGGAGAUCUCUUUCUCAAGUCGGUUAACCCUUCGGACUUCCUUUAACCUCUUUCGCUCUGUGACGAAGUUCGGCCGAACAAUCAACAUCUGGUAGUCGGCCGACCUGCAGUUCUGAGACCCGGUGAUUAUCUCACGGUGAUCGUCGGUAGCGGGAAGAGGAUCGCGUGUUCUGACCUUUCAGUUAUCAAUUUUCCAUUAUGUAUAACAGUUACAACCGGAAGAAAGUUCCGACGGUUCAAGCGUGACAACGACUCUGAGUAGCCUUCCCGGUGGGAAGUACAAUAGCAGUUGGAAGAAUAGAAAAUCCGUGAGAGAAGAGGCAGCUCUCGGUUUUCAUUUCCUUCUCCGUCUCCCGGUCGGGGCUCCCGAUCGCGCCUCGUAACUCGCAGGGUGAGCGAGAAGGCCGCGCCUCCGCGGGGAAUCCAGCUGGGAAGCUUUAAGUAUUAGGAACGAGGUAGCGUGCGUAUUUUACUACUUGAAGUGCAAACUAGUCGUACGAUGAUGAGGGGAACAUGGAGGAUGUUAUCCGCUUUAUCCCUGAACGGAACGAAACAACGUGUUGCGUCCAGUCACGUGCAAAGCGUGUCGUCCGAAUCGAGUCUACGUGAGGCGGCCUCGUUGCCCUUGAAGCGGUGCUGACACGAUCGAGUAGACUCGAUUCCCUCGGACUUUACACGCCCGCGAAUUUCCCCCUCGACGGGCUGGACUGCCCGCUCACCCCGUUGUCGAUCGCCCGUUCGCUCGCUCGCUCGUAAUUAGCUGUCGCCGAGGCCGCCGACGUAGAUAUUGUAUCGAGUGAAAUGUCAAAGGGACUCGAAACCCGCGGGAUGUCGAAUGGUAAAUAGUUCUCCGCUAGCAACACAUAGCGAACAUUGUGUACAGAGAGAGAGAGAGAGAGAGAUAACCCGAUCAACAGGCGAACUGUGGUGUUCCUAAUAUUACGAAAUCCUCGGGGAGCCCGGAAGGGUUUGAAAAAUCCGAAGGGUCUUCCCGCAGAAUGGCAGCAAAAGAGGGAUGAGAUAGGACGGGGGAACAAUAAUGCGCGGCGCCUCGUAGUGGUAAGUUAGGCCAAUUUAAGAUUAUCAAAACUAUUAUUACACACGCAUACCAACACAGACAUAAACACAGUACGGCUCAUAUUGAGCUCGCAACUAUCGCGACGCUGACGUAUUAUUUCACUCGUGCGCGCUCGCGUUGACCCUUUAAACGGUAUUUGACCAAUACCUCGGCGCAGCCGGCGAGAAUGAAGUGGAUAUCGCGGCUACUCCGAGGAAUCGUAGAGUCACCGACGGGAAACGAAAGCAAAGGGAGCGAAAAAAAGGCAAGAAAGAAGAAGAAACGCAAGAAAAGAAGGGGAAAGUAUCUGUCGAAAGUUAUUCGUGUGUUACAUAAAACUAGGCGAUUAUUUAUGCGUUCUCUAUUCGCAGUACGUUUUUAAUUACUGUGAUAAUACGUAAUUCAGUAAUUAAACGAUUAUCGACGAUGUCAUAAGAGUUGCCUCGGUUAGGUCUUUGUGUGUUUUUGUUUCCUUUUUUUUUCUUUUUUUCACUCGUUUCGAUCGUUCUUCUUUUUCGUAAGUGGGGAUUUCGUAGGUAAUCGAGCGGAUACGAUCGAAGGGUUAAGCUUAUCGAUUGAAGGGUUGAGCGGCGUCGCAACGCCAUGAAAAGAGCUUCUCGCGCCAGCGAUUCAUUAAUUUAUGGUAAUCGGCGGAGGAGCGACGUUCGAUUGUGCGAGUCCUGCGGCUUUCACCGAUGCGCGAUCGGUAUCGGCACGAAGAAACGCACAGAAACGAAAACGUGUGCCGCGCCCGAAGAGAGUGUGCGGAGCGAUGAAAAAAAAAAAAAAAAUUCGCAAUCGGAAGUUGCCCCCGGUAAUUAUUCGCAGUUGGCGAACCGCUUGUAAGACCAGCCGAUUUUCUUUUCCACGGCAACCGUUUGCAUUCUGUUACUUGGCCAGUAUUUCUAGUAUUUCAACUUUUUCGAUUCGAAAGCUUUCUUCGCCGAUGCGGACACACACGUUUUGCUGGUGUGUUCCUCGCGGAAAUCCGCAGGCCUUCGGCGGACGGAUCGAGGAGGACCGCGAUCCUCGCUAUAGUAUUGUAGAGUGUAAAUAGGAUAACAAACGACCCGUCGAUUUUUAGAGCUAAUUGUAAGGGCGAAACCGACGAGAUUUCUCGCGACAGCGAUUAAACGACAUGCUUUUGAACGGACGCAACUUACUCUUUGGAAAUCGUCCGACAAAAUUGCAAGAAAGAAACAGGAUCUAAUUUUGUAAACGUUGUCCAACUGACUUCACGCGCUAUGUUACUGUACAUUUGUAAGUAAUUUUAUGACAAUCAGAGGACCAACUUGUUUAAAACUCGGCUUUCGCGAAGUCAGUAGAUGAUCGGUUACCCGAUAAAUACGUUUUGGUUGGGAAGGAAAAAUACGGGGGAGAUGAAACAAAAUCCAACAAUAAUUAUAACGAUUACAACCCGGGUGAAAUUUUCCCAGAAAACACGCGAUGUAAUUUAAUGCGGAACGUAGACUAUUUUUAACUUCUGAAUGCAAUGUCAAUGUCGCUCUCUUCGUCAAUCGAUGUUUAGGAGUUCUGAGCAAAAUCUCCGCGUAGAAUUAAGUGACGGAAUUCGUAAUUUGCAAAACUUUAGUCUCUGUCGGUACGUUAAACCGAAGUUGCAUUCGGGAAUGGUUCUUCUACUGCCUUCGCGAGAUUCGAUUCGACGACGUGACCGCAUACAGUGAAGAUUGUUAUAGCAAAUUGUUCUCGUUUUUUCUCCCUAUUUUGUAAAUAAUAGCAAAUAUGUAUCAGGACGGGGCUGCGCGCUCCCCGUCGCUAGUCACUCAUUCGGUUAAUAUUUCGAUGAAAUAUUGUAGCUGUAACAACCAGACGAGAAACACGACCGGCGCAGCUUUCUCUUUCCUGUCCGAAUACGAAUAAUGAUGUCAAAUAAAGUAGUAAGAAGCUGUUACAAAUAAAGAGAUCUUUUGAUUCUUAAGUUUA